UGUUGCUAGAUUGUUAAUAUCAAAGAUAAAAGUUUGCAUAAUUGAACCGGUUGUUGAGAAAUGACAUUUAAUACCAUUAUUGGAAAGUUUCUCUUAUUCUCUUAUUCACGCAGUGGUGUGGUAGUAAGUAGUUGCCUGAUAAUAUGUAUAUUAAAAUUACCUUUUUGCUUAUCUGUUUGAAUGUUUAUUUUGUAAAUUCUACAGAUAAAGAAGCUCUGAAAGCAAAGAUGGAGAAAGAACAAGUCGUGCCAAACGUCAUCGACCAAGUGCCUGAGCAUGUAGUUGAGGUACAAUACCCUGGUGGUGAAAAAGUAGAUCUUGGAAAUGAACUGACACCAACACAAGUAAAGGAUCAACCUACUCUAACAUGGCCAGCUGAUUCGGAUACCUUCUACACAGUUCUGAUGGUUGAUCCAGAUGCACCAACCAGAAAAGAACCAAAGGUCAGUGAAGUGCUCCACUGGUCCGUAGGCAAUGUACCGGGAAAUGAUGUGGCAAAAGGUGAAACCUUUGCUGGAUAUAGAGGCUCUGGACCUCCACAAGGAACUGGAUUACACAGAUAUAUAUUUUUAAUUUAUAAACAAAAUGGAAAAAUUGAGUUCAAUGAACCAAGGAUAGACAGGUUGACCAGAACCGGCAGAUUUAAUUUUUCGACAAGGAAGUAUGCAGAGAAGUACAACCUUGGUCAACCAAUCGCUGGAAACUUCUUCCAGGCCCAGUUUGACGAAUGGGUACUUGAAAUGCAAAAACUAACUAAGGCUUAAAACUUUUAUACCGUUAUAAAAUUAUAAAAAAUAUAAAUAGUAAAUAAUUUUUAUUGCC